AGUGUCAUUUCACAGAGUGUCAACCCACCUCUGGAAUUUUACAUAGACAGAAGAGGAAAAUUAUGGGACACAGAGUUUAGCUGCUCCAUUGAAGAAAGUGAGAGAGGGAUUUUUUUUCCCCCAGGAGGAGACUUUGGGCUCUCGAAAUACAUGAAAUCUGGUGUGCUUUGUCAAAGGCUCAACUGAGACCUGUUCCUGUCUAAGCAUUUUAAUGAGCGUAAGCCCCCAGGAGGAAUAGUUGGAACUCAUACGCAAACCACAGUCAGCCUCGUGGGAAACAAAGCGCUCCGGAUGCCCACAGUCACAGACAUGCAGCCAUUUGCCUUGGUCAGUGCUCUUUUCCUGCUCUCCUGCAUCUCUUCUGGAGCAGAAGCCUAUAAGCAAAACGGACAAGUCCUUACUGGAAACCAACCAGGUGUGUGCCGCUAUGGCAGGAGACUGGAGUGCUGCUAUGGCUGGAAGAAAAACAGUAAAGGACAGUGUGAGGCUCAGUGUGAUCACGGCUGCAAGCAUGGAGAGUGCGUUGGCCCCAACAAAUGCAAGUGCUUCCCUGGAUACACCGGAAAAACAUGUAGUCAAGAUUUGAAUGAGUGCGGCCUGAAACCUCGUCCCUGUGAGCAUCGCUGCAUGAACACAUAUGGCAGUUAUAAGUGCUACUGCCUCAAUGGAUACACCGUAAUGCCGGAUGGAGCUUGUGCCAACUCCAGGACGUGCUCUCUUGCUCACUGUCAGUAUGGUUGUGAAGAAGUUCAGGGGGAGAUCCGCUGCCUGUGCCCAUCUGCAGGGCUACAACUGGGGCAAGAUGACAGGACUUGUGUGGAUAUUGAUGAAUGUGUUACUCAGAAGAACCUCUGCCCAUACAACAGACAAUGUGUCAACACGUUUGGCAGCUACAUCUGCAAGUGCCAGGACGGCUACGACUUGAAAUAUGUAGACGGCAAAUAUGACUGUGUAGACAGCGAUGAGUGUGCAGCCGGCACCCACAAGUGCAGCCACCAUGCUGUCUGUCUGAACACUCAAGGAUCCUACAAGUGCAGGUGCAAGCCUGGCUUCAGAGGCAAUGGCUUUGAAUGCUCUGUUAAGCCAUUUUAUCAAAGGUCGUGGGAUGGAGACAAAGGCAGUGCAGAUCAUUUCCUCAAUGCCAUCCCAGAUUCCCAAGUGAGGCCUGAAAUUCUGGGAGGUAAACUAGAAAAUGAGGAAAUCAAAAAUAUCAUCCCUGAACCAGCCGCUACGCCACCCUCUAAGAUACGCCAGCAGCCCUUUGACUAUGAUGGAGAGGUCUACAUUGGCUCCCACACAGAGGAGCGUCCAGAGAACAGAUUUCCUGAGAAGGAAGAAGAGCAAGAGGAAGAGCAGGAGGAAGAGCAAGAGGAAGACAACCAGCUCAAUCCAAGGGGAGAUGUUUUCAUAUCAGAAGACUUCGAGUCAGUAUUCGGCCCAGCCACAGAACUCAAAGAAAUCCAAAUAACACCAGUCCAGGAGGAAUUUAUCAUGGAUUGCAACUUUGACCAGGGAGCAUGUGAGUGGGUCCAGGACAAGUCUGAUGACAUAGACUGGAGUGUAGCCUACCAUGACACUGGUGUACAGUAUUACAUGGCUAUGAGUGGGCUCCUAGGGGAGAGGGAGGACAUGGCCAAGCUGAAGUUGCUUCUCAAUGACCGGGUCCAGCAGGGCAGCUUCUGCCUCACCUUUGAUUAUCGUGUGGUAGGACACAAUGUUGGCACUCUGAGUGUGCUGCUGGAUAACAAUGCUUACCCAGCGUGGGAGCAGAGCCGAAGCAGAGACCAGGGCUGGCAGACAGAACUUGUCACAGUGGCCUGGAAAGAGGAGGCACCACAAUCUAUUAUCUUUGAAGCCCAGCGUGGGACAGGUGUUGGUGGAGAGAUAGGGCUGGACAAUGUUGUGCUGACCUCAGGGCCCUGUCAAGACGAUGUGAGCCCAAUCUUUUAGGAAUCUCCACCUUGGAUCAACAAUUUGAAAAUCUCCUCUACAUAACAUGUAUCAAAGAUUAAUGUUUCCUGUGAUUAUUAAGGUCUCCUAAUUCUGGGGUUUUACAGUGGUCGCUCAAGGUGAAGCCUUGGGACAUCAACAUAGACAGAAACAUAUAGUUUCAAACAGGAGAUUAUGUGCAACCAGUGCGUGCAUGCUUUUUUUUGGUCUCUAUGCUGCUGCACCAGAACAUCCUGAUUCAUCUCCAUUGUGAUUUUAAACAUUCUUUUACGAUACAAAGAACUCAGGAAUAGGUAGGAACGCUAACUUUGUUGGUUAAAUUUACAACACUGUACUUAGUCCUUGGUUUUGUAUGCAAUGGUGCAUUGCUGAAGUUAACUGAAAAUGAUCAUAUAACAUGUAAUGUGAAUUCUCAGGUGAACUAGUGCUGAGAUUCAUUCUUUGGUGAGUAACAAUUUUGAAGGCUAAUUAGUUUGAAUAAUGAAUAAAUAUCAGUGUGUAAGUGCUGUAAAUUUUGCUUUGAUGUCAUAUUAUACAACAACAUUAAAACAUUUUUUCUAA